CUUUCAACCAAUAGGUUAUCGACAACACAACCCAGCGGCGAAAGGCACUACACGACAAUGGCAGCACCAGCAGAGUUCUUGCAGUAUAUCGACGACAAGGCGGACGCGUUCAUCCAACGUUUGGCCGAUGCUGUUGCGAUUCCUUCGAUUAGCGGGGAUGCUAAACACAGGCAGGACGUGUUUAAGAUGGCGGAUUGGCUUGACGCCCAGUUGAAAGCUGUGGGCGUUGAGACAAAGCUUGUGGACUUGGGGAAACAUGUCAUGGAUGGAGAGGAACUACCUCUCCCUCCUGCUAUCCUCGGAAAGAUUGGAAACGAUCCUUCCAAGAAGACUGUCCUCAUUUAUGGACAUUUUGAUGUUCAACCGGCCGAUAAAUCUGACGGCUGGGAGACCGACCCGUUCACCCUUGUCAUUAAGGAGGACGGGCGACUUGUCGGGCGUGGAUCUUCGGAUGACAAGGGUCCUAUUCUUGGCUGGCUCAAUGUCUUGCAGUACCAUCACGAGACCGGCAAGCCUCUGCCUGUGAACUUGAAGAUGUGCUUCGAGGGUAUGGAGGAGAGCGGAAGCGAGGGUCUUGACGACCUCGUCCAGAGGGAAUCGAAACCCGGAGGAUGGUUCGAGGGAGUUGACUGUGUUUGCAUCUCGGAUAACUACUGGUUGAACACACGCACCCCGGCGCUCACCUAUGGUCUCCGUGGGUUGACCUACUUCAAGGUCACUGUUUCUGGUCCGGGUCGUGAUCUCCAUUCUGGUGUCUUUGGACGAACCGUCCAUGAGCCCAUGACCGACCUUAUUCAUCUCAUGAGCAAGCUCGUCGACACUCAGGGCAACAUCAUGAUUCCAGGUGUCGACGAGAUGGUUCCUCCCGCCGAUGAGCAAGAAAGGGCGAUCUACCAAUCCCUGGACUACAGCAUCGCUGAUGUGGAGGAAGCCGCUGGGAACAAGAUCGCCAUCAGCUCGAACAAGGUGGAGGUUCUCAUGGGCCGUAUGCGCAACCCCAGCUUGUCCUUGCACGGCAUCGAAGGCGCAUUCAGCGGUGCCGGAGCCAAGACAGUCAUCCCCGCGAAGGUUUCUGGCAAGUUCAGCAUCCGAUUGGUCCCCCCUCAGACACCCGAAAAGGUCGACCCCCUCGUCAUCGCCUACCUCAAGCAAGAAUUCGCAAAGCUUAACAGCAAGAACGAGUUGAUCAUCGAGAACUUGCAUGGAGGCAAGCCGUGGGUUGCGGAUGUCAACCACUGGAACUUUGAGGCUGCCAAACGGGCCACCAAGGCGGUGUACAAGCAAGAUCCUGACCUCACGCGAGAGGGAGGUUCGAUCCCUGUUACUCUCACUUUUGCAGAGUCGUUGGGUGUGAACGUGUUGCUGCUGCCAAUGGGUCGAGGAGACGAUGGUGCCCAUUCUACGAACGAAAAGUUGGACAGGAGCAACUUCAUUCAGGGAAGCAAGCUCUUGGGAACGUACCUGUAUGAGAUUGGUCAGGUUAAGGCGUGAGGUAUCCAAGGCGUAGCUUAACAGUCGAGACGAAAUGGAAUUGUAAAUUAUCUGUAACAGCUAAACUCUACCCUGCCCCGUCAUGGAGGGCGCAGCAGACGGCGGCUAGCAGGGACGGCAAUCAGUAUCCAAAAUGUAAUUACUGUGAGCCUGAACGUACCCUUAUGGUGGCCAUUAUACUGCCGCACAGUUUCCCC